AUGUAUUCUCUCCUGAGAGAAAUUCGAUUGCGACCUCUUCCUCAGGUCCGCUUCCUUGCAACACCGUCAUCCCCUCCCAAACCAAAUUUUAGGGAAGCAUUGGCAUCUGGACCUUCACUAGACGAGUUCAUUUCGGGCGAGCCUUCUGACCAUGUUCUGCUUGGAAAUGCUCGAGGCCCUCGUCUUCCGUCAUACCUCAAAACUUCUAUUCCUUCCGGACCUUCGUUUACUAAGAUCAAGAAAGACUUGAGAGGAUUGGGUCUUCACACUGUGUGCGAAGAAGCUCGAUGUCCCAACAUUGGUGAUUGCUGGGGUGGCAAGGAAGGCGCUACGGAGGCAGAGGACCGAAGUGCAGCUACUGCUACCAUAAUGCUCAUGGGCGAUACAUGUACCCGUGGGUGUAGAUUCUGCUCUGUAAAGACGUCUCGUGCACCACCACCCUUGGACCCCCAUGAACCGGAGAAUACUGCUGAGGCCAUCAGUCGAUGGGGUUUGGGCUAUAUUGUUCUUACGAGCGUCGAUAGAGACGAUCUUGCUGAUGGUGGUGCCCACCAUUUUUCAGAAACUAUACGGAAGAUCAAACAAAAAGCUCCCCAUAUCUUGGUUGAAGCAUUGACCGGAGAUUUCGCUGGGGCUUUACCUCAUGUAUCCCUUGUCGCGAAAUCCGGGCUCGACGUAUAUGCUCAUAACAUUGAAACGGUUGAAGCUCUGACGCCGUUCGUCCGGGAUAGACGAGCGACGUUCCGACAAAGUCUGAAAGUGCUAGAACAUGCCAAACAAGAGGGCGUUCGAAUCACGAAGACGAGUAUCAUGCUGGGUGUUGGCGAAACAAGCGAACAAGUGGUAGAUGCGUUGCGAGAGCUUCGCAGGGUGUCCGCAGACGUUAUAACUUUCGGCCAGUACAUGCGUCCGACCAAACGGCACAUGAAAGUAGAUCGUUACGUUGAACCGGCAGAAUUUGAGCGGUGGAAGCAAGUUGCCGAAGACAUGGGUUUCCUCUAUGUUGCUAGUGGACCAUUAGUUCGCAGCAGUUACAAGGCUGGUGAAUUUUACAUCGAGAAUAUACUGCGUGGGAAGGGAGCUGAGAAUAGAGUAAAACGUCAACUCAUUACCUCGUUGCCGGAACAUUUGGGUGCCGAUCUACGAUAAAGCCGUGUAGUACAUCAUGUAAUUAUUCUACUAGUAAUACUGUCAACCAAGUGAUCAGCAGAGUG